GUUUGGCAGUAACCUUACAAAAAAACAAGCGCGUUCGCGUCAAUUUAACCAGAGUCGUAUUUGAUUUUCACACUUUUUCCCACUGUGCGUAAAUAGAAUUUCGCUUUUGAACACAGUUGAACAUAAAAAAGUUUUUGUGGAGAAAAAUAUAAUUUUUUUUACUCUUAAAACCAUAAAAAGAAGAAAAUGACAGAAAGUGACAAAAUUGAAAUACGCGAUGUUACCCGCAUCGAACGAAUUGGUGCCCAUUCACACAUUCGUGGCUUGGGUUUGGAUGAUGUUCUUGAAGCCAGAGUUGUGUCACAAGGUAUGGUCGGACAGAAGGAUGCUCGUCGUGCGGCUGGAAUUGUUGUGAAUAUGGUGCGCGAAGGUAAAAUUGCUGGGCGAUGCAUUUUAAUUGCGGGUGAACCUUCGACGGGUAAAACUGCCAUUGCUGUUGGCAUGGCAAAGGCACUUGGUAAUGAAACUCCAUUCACCAGUAUGUCCGGUUCCGAAGUGUAUUCAUUGGAAAUGAGUAAAACAGAAGCAUUAUCACAGGCACUUCGUAAAAGUAUUGGCGUUCGUAUAAAAGAAGAAACUGAAAUUAUCGAAGGUGAAGUGGUUGAAAUACAAAUUGAUCGUCCGGCAACGGGAACGGGUCAAAAAAUUGGCAAAGUCACAUUGAAAACAACCGAAAUGGAAACAAAUUACGAUUUGGGAAAUAAAAUCAUCGAAUGCUUUUUGAAAGAGAAAAUUCAGGCCGGCGAUGUGAUUACAAUUGACAAAGCAUCCGGUAAAGUAACAAAACUUGGUCGAAGUUUUGCACGUGCACGUGAUUACGAUGCAACUGGUGCCCAAACACGAUUCGUUCAAUGUCCCGAAGGAGAAUUACAAAAGCGAAAAGAAGUCGUUCAUACGGUGACAUUGCACGAAAUCGAUGUCAUAAACAGUCGCACACAUGGUUUCUUGGCAUUAUUUUCGGGUGACACCGGGGAAAUAAAGCAAGAAGUACGUGACCAAAUCAAUAACAAAGUCAUGGAAUGGCGCGAAGAAGGCAAAGCUGAAAUUAAUCCCGGCGUUUUGUUCAUCGAUGAAGCGCACAUGCUGGACAUUGAAUGUUUCUCGUAUUUAAAUCGAGCGCUGGAAAGUGACAUGGCACCAGUUGUUAUAAUGGCCACAAAUCGUGGAAUCACACGUAUUCGUGGUACAAAUUAUCGCGGUCCACAUGGUAUGCCAAUUGAUUUACUCGAUCGAAUGAUUAUCAUUCGUACGGUGCCGUAUACAAAAAAUGAAGUUAAAGAAAUUCUUAAAAUUCGUUGUGAAGAAGAAGACUGUGCAUUACAUAGUGAUGCACUUGCCAUUUUAUCACGUAUUGCAACCACAAACAGUUUACGAUAUGCCAUUCAAUUGAUUACAACGGCCCAUUUGGUGGCCAAACGCCGUAAAUCGACCGAAGUUCAGGUGGAAGAUGUUCAAAAAGUGUUUAGCAUGUUUUUGGACGAAUCAAGAUCGAGUAAAAUUAUGGAAGAUUAUCAAGAUGAAUACUUGUUCAGUGAAAUAACAACAACGAAAGAAGAAGAGCCAGAAAUUGAACAACAAGAAACAGAUGUGGAAAAAGUAGAGGAAGAACCAGAAAAAGACACUCCAAUGGAAAUUGGCGAUAAAUAAACCAAUGAAAUUUCAUCAUCAAGCGACUAAUUCCGAUUCUAUUCAAUACUUUCCAAUCAUCUAUUGCUUUAGAUAUUUGCGAUUUACUCUCUUAUGGAUACAUUUUGAAUUCAACAAAUAAACAUUUAAAAAAAAGUAAGACGAUUGUGUAA